AUGGACUCUCAAUAUCCCGUAGAAGAAGACUUUGACAACGUCGUUGACUCUUACUCCGUUACCAUCAAUGGCUUUAUUUUCUGUACUCGUCAUGGUCUUGAAGUCUGCGACAAGUGCCCUACUGAUAACCGAUCCUCCAACAACAUGGCUGUGGAAGACAUGCUCCACGAGAGAUUGACCGAAGAAGAAUACAAUACCAAAUGGAAGGGUGAUGAACGUGAGCCUUUCUCUAUUGCACGUAAGUGGACCCGUGUCUCCAAGGACAAGCCUGGAUGUAUAGCUCACAAGAAGGUGGCAUGCGAUGAAUGUUUUAACUGGGGUGAGCAACUGUAUCGUGGGAUCCAUGGUGGUCGUAAGCCAAGAGUCUCUCGUCUCUCUCGCAAGAGUCGUGAUCAUACUGCUGAAGAUCGUAUCAAUUAG